GAUGCGGAUCCAUCUGCCCCAAAACGCACCUGGCGAGUACUCGUCGCUCUUCGCACGUCGCUCGUCAUUCUCGAUCUCUCCAUCGUCUGCCGAGAAUAGCCGCGAUUGAACCCUAACUACGAGAGCUAUGCACUUGGUACCCCCGUGAUAAACACUGGUUCACUUGAAGUUCCUGAUUGAUACACGUUACCAGUUGGAAGCUUUUGGUUGGUUUAUCUAUAGGCUACUUGGCCCCAUCCUGCAGUAUGCCUGCAAUUAGAAGACUAUAUGAGGUCUGUAAAGUAUCAUUCAACGGCAAGGGACCAAUAUCUGAAGAAGCUCUUGAACAUGUACGGUCUUGUUUAGAUGAUAUCAAUCCUUCUGAUGUGGGACUUGAAACUGAGGCUCAGAUAGCACGUGGGUGGACACUUUCCAUGCAAGGUCCAAAUGGAAGAAGAGUGCGUAAUGGAAGUAACCUGUGUCCACCUCCUAUCAAGUAUCUGCAUGUACACGAGUGUGAUGAGUUUUCUAUCGGGAUCUUCUGCAUGCCACCUUUGUCUGUUAUUCCGCUUCAUAAUCAUCCAGGGAUGACCGUGCUCAGCAAGGUUCUUUAUGGGACAAUGUUUGUCAAAUCAUAUGACUGGAUUGAUACUGAAGAACCAAUAGAUGCUUCCCAAGCUAGACCAACAAAGAUUGUCAGAGAUGGUCAGAUGACUGCGCCUUGUGGAACUACAAUUCUCUAUCCUACAAGCGGCGGCAACAUCCAUUCUUUCAAAGCGGUAACUCCUUGUGCUCUUUUCGAUGUUUUAUCGCCCCCCUAUUCAUCAAAAGAUGGACGAGAUUGCACUUACUUCAAGAAGUCAAGAAGAAAAUUUUCUGGUUCUUUGCCUGGUGGAAUAGAGGCUUCCGAAAUGACUUGGAUGGAAGAGUGUCAACCACCAGAAACCUUUAUUGUCCGAAGAGGGCCGUACAGGGGCCGGAUCGUCAACAAUGGAUAACCCAAAUUCGCUAUCAUUUUGCUAUCAUUUUUCUAUCCGAUUAGCUCCUUUAACAGGGAGAAAAUCUGAGUUUGUAAUCUUCCACCUGCAGCAAUAUGAUAUAUUUUUUUUCUCUCAGAAUAACGAUUUCAAUAGAGAAUCUCGUACAUUACAUAGAGAUAUAUCUGAUAUAAUUUCCCUCAUCCUUGUUUAGUUAAAAGAACGGAGUACUUCUGGGAAGGGAGGAGUCAAUGAUCUUUGUAUCAGGUGACUUCUAACUCUCCUUUCGUUGUUUCCUAUCACUCUAAGUACAUGCUCGACAAGUUACCAUGGAAAUAUGAACUUUAAGAUGAUAUGGUUUUUGACGUAGUUUGAACCCUUCACCUCCUAUUGUUUUCUGAUUCAUCCUGCAUUAGUGAAUAUCCAAAUCACAUUCAUGUCUCUUUAUUUUGACCUAUUUUUUUAUUUGAUUGAAGUUGGGGCUUAUUACAUCUAAUAAUCUGUGUUGCAUUAGUGAAAAUUAAUUUGGCCUAAUUCUGGUUAGCUCGAUUUAACUGGACAUUCUAAUCUUUCAACAAGACGCUAGCGCCAUUUUUUUUUUUGGGGAAAAGGAAAAAAUGAAUAAAUAUAGAAGAGAAUGCAUGGCUUGUAAAGGAAUCCCAGUGCAAUAUUUAAAUAAUUUGGCAACUCCACUAGGUAUCCCUAUCUUUUAUCUCUUUCUUUAAAGUCGAAGUAGGCUCCCUUGUCUUGUGGUCUCCCUUUUCAAAAGUCCAAGAGUAUCAUAAUGAUUUAUUAGUCAUAUCCCAUAAAAAGAAUUAUUAUUGGCAUGCUUUUACUUUAGAUACAUCUCCCCUGAGAUGAGGAUGAUCACUUGCUUGUAAAGUUAGGUCUUUUAGGCUUGUACUUUUACUGGUUUUGUUACGUGGAUUGUGAUGCUCUUUUAUAACUUUUACUCACUUUCUCUGGGAAGAGGGAGAUGAAGUAUAGCGUUAUGUAUAGAGACCGAGAGGUGAACAAACUCUCGACCUAUUUAUCUACCUGAACCUAGCCAUCUACGCUUUGUUUCCUCAUUUCCCAAACUGAAGAAGAAGAAGACGAGCUACGUGGAUACAAAGAGAGGAGGAAAAAAACACUAAGAGCAAGAUGAAUUUGCAAUCUGCAAUUAAAUUGAUCUAAUAUGUAGGUACUGUGGUAAAAAACUAUCGACAAAUCCUCGCCCCUAUCCUACCCAAUAGGUAAACUUGGCUGGAAAUCUUAUUAUGUCAAAAAUUUUCACUUUGCCAUUAUAUUUUCUCAUUUUAUAAUAUUUCACAAAACAGUGUUCAAUAAACAAGUAAGACAAGUGCUUGAUUUUCUAAUUAAUGGUGAACUAAGAGAUAAUGAAUAGGUUAGCUUUAAAUAAUUUUCUUGUUAUAUUAAAUUGAUGGUGUGGGAUGGAGUUGGAUGAACCCUAGAAAAGGAGGAGGAGAUUUUUUUUUUUAUUUUUUAUAUCUAGGUAUAUGGGCUUUCGGUCCAAUUAGACCGCACAGAUGAGUCUUGGCAAAGCACUCCGGUGUCACUAGUUCAAACUCUGCAUGCGUUUGGAAAUGCUCAAUGUAAGAUUUGAAUUUGGUUGCCUGGUACUGAGUCUUGUCUUCUUCCACCAUACCAUGCUCCGUGGGGCAAAAAGAAGAUGUGUUUGUUGUUUUUCAAAGUUUAAAGCAAGGCUAAUGAUUAAAAAAUGAGCCGGCCUCGUAGCCUUUUGCUUUUGUAAUUCAUAACAAAUUUUUUAUUUUUGCCUAACUUUUAAGAUGUUUCCAUUGACAAUGAAAAAGCUCAUACUUUUCUUUUCCUUGUAUUUGAAAAGCUCAUACUUUUCAAAUACAAGGAAAAGGAGGAAGAUGCCUUCUUGAAUACUUUAAUCCCAUGUGGAAAAGUGAGCAUUUGAUUACGUCUGGGAAGGCAGUCUUCUUGAAAAGUUUAAUCCAAUGUGGAGAAGUGAGCAUUUGAUUACGCCUGCAGUAAUCUUUUUUUAUUUCCUUGAAAGAAUUCUUUGAUAUGAGAAUCUUCUUGUACUUAAUAAUUCCCAUUUCCUUUGACAUUGAUCUAAUGCAAAACGGUGAUAUGACAUCUUUUUAAUAAUUUUAGAAAUUAUUUAAUGAGAAAAUUUCAAACUGAUCUUGAAAGCUUGAGUUGUAGAUUUUUGCCCUUAUGGGAUCUCCAAUUAGUUAGAGGAUGAAAAACUUUAAUGGAAUAAAAGAUCAAUUCUUGAUGGAUACAUAUCUUUGUGAAAAAAAUUCUUUUCAUCUUUUGAUCAACAUGCUUAUACGGUGGUAUGGUAAAGCAUGAUGUAUUAAUCAUAUACAGUAGUUGUCCGUGAUUUAUCUCUUCCGUACUGAUCCUGAGACGGAUUGGGGGGGGGGGGGGGGGGGGGUAGGGGCGAACGUAUUCGUCUUUUGUCAUAAUUAAUUGUAUACAGCAGUAGCAUAAAAUCCCAUCCAUGCAUUAAAGUAUUAUGUUGGCAAAGAGUUGAUUUGGCUCGAUAUGCAAGUGUUGUAGUGGCUAGAGUUGCAUUGGGAAUUAGUAAAGAUGUUGUAAUACGUUGUGUUGUAUUAUCAAGUUGCAUUCAGAUCUAUGGUAACAAUAUUUAGUUUGUGUAGGUCUUCACUUAGCUUCAUUAGAUUUUAAAAAAACUAGUAUAUAUAUACAUUCUAUCUCAUUACAUUUUACUUGAGACAUUAUUGGAGCUUUAAACUUAAAACAUUUAAUAAUGGAAUCUACAUGUGUCUUGGGUUAGCUAGCAUUAAUAUUAGACUUGCUUUUAUUGUCUAUUUAUGAUCAUGGUGAAAAAAUAGAUGUGACCUCGACUCCUCGAGAUAUAGGUAAAUUUUAAUUAUGAUUAACUAGCGUAGUAUUGAUUAUGAGAGAUUUUUAUA